AGUGGUGCACCACGUGGGAUUGCAGCGGUGCUGAAUCUCUGGCCAGCGUCCAGUUUGGGUCUGGGUUGGAGUUGGGACUGUGGCGAUGCGGAAGGAAACCCCUCUUCCUUUAGUACCCCCGGCGGUCCGCGAAUGGAACCUUCCCCCCAAUGCACCCGCUUGUAUGGAACGGCAGUUGGAGGCUGCGCGGUACCGGUCCGAUGGGGCACUCCUACUUGGGGCUUCCAGCCUGAGUGGCCGCUGCUGGGCUGGCUCCCUCUGGCUUUUUAAGGACCCUGGUUCCGCCCCCAACGAAGGCUUCUGCAACGCUGGAGUCCAGACGGAGGCUGGAGUGGCUGACCUCACUUGGGUGGGGGACAAGGGUAUCCUCGUGGCUUCUGAUUCGGGUGCUGUUGAAUUGUGGGAGCUGGAUGAAAGUGAGACACUCAUUGUCAGCAAGUUCUGCAAGUAUGAGCAUGAUGAUAUCGUGUCUACAGUCAGUGUCCUGAGCUCUGGCACACAAGCUGUCAGUGGUAGCAAGGAUUUCUGCAUCAAGGUUUGGGACCUUGCUCAGCAGACUGUACUGAACUCAUAUCGAGCUCACUCUGGGCAGGUCACCUGUGUUGCUGCCUCUCCACACAAGGACUCCAUGUUUCUGUCAUGUAGUGAGGACAAAAGAAUUUUACUGUGGGAUACUCGCUGUCCCAAGCCAGCAUCACAGAUAGACUGCAAUUCCUCUGGCUACCUUCCUACCUCACUGGCUUGGCAUCCUCAGCAAAGUGAAGCCUUUGUCUUUGGUGAUGAGAAUGGAACUGUCUCCUUUGUGGACACCAAGAGCACAAGUUGUGCCCUUAGCUCAGAUGUGCACUCCCAGUGUGUCACUGGACUGGUGUUCUCCCCUCACAGUGUUCCCCUCCUGGCCUCUAUCAGUGAGGAUUGCUCACUAGCCGUGCUGGACUUGAGCCUUUCCGAGGUGUUUAGAAGCCGAGCCCACAGAGACUUUGUGAGAGAUGCUACUUGGUCCCAGUUUAACCACUCCCUCCUUACCACAGUGGGCUGGGACCAUCAAGUCAUCCACCAUACUGUGCCUGUAGAACCGGUCCCAGCCGCUGGAUCUAACAGUGUUGCUGAGUAGGUUCGAUUUAAGACAAAGCAAAUCCCAUAUGAGUGUCCACUCCCUUUGCACCUGCCCCCUCAGCUUAUGAGACACCACAGAGCCUCGUACAGCACGUAGAUCACGAGAUCUGUGCAUUUAACAGGCAUCGUCUCUUGGCCUCGGAGGCUGGAUUCUGGGAUCCUGGAGUCAUACGGGAGCAAAAUUGUUCUUGAAAAUGUUGUGUUUCUGAGUGUGUCUGUGUGUAGAUAAAGUAAUUUUUAGUGGGAGCGGGGUAAAAACAAUCCAUC